UCGUCUGCUUCAGCGCAGCGCCAAAAACGACUUGCGGCGUCGAGCGAUCGCUGCCGGCGCCAAGCAAGCGCAAAAGAGAAAGCCCAAGCGAUUUCGUCGCGUGUCGACGAAAAACAUGGAGCGGUCCUCGCUAGCCGAGAAGAACGAGGAGUGGAUUAAGAUGGACGACCGCAAGGACAACCCGAGCAAGAAGCAAUCGCGCUUUCAGGUCGCCAAGGUGGACUUCGCCGUCGAGAAGCACUCGGACGGCGAGAGCAGCAACGGGGAGGACGACGAUCUCGAUCAGGACGGCGACGGUCAACCGGACGGCCAGUCAUGGAACGCCUGUUCCUACGACACGCACAACGUGCGCAGCCUGCGCCACUACACGCGCGAAGCCCUGCCGCGGAUGGACCACUACCGGAACAUCAUGUCAGUGCACGGACACAUGGAGCGGCCCACGCUGGACGAACUGCACGACGCGACGCUGACGCUGAUGCCGGACCAGAAGCAAUCGCUAGACAAGUCUGCACGCAACGCUGCCGACGAGGUGGCCAUCAAGGGCAAAGGAGCCGUCAAGCUGGGAUGGAUCCAGGGAGUGUUUGUGCGAUGUCUGCUCAACAUCUGGGGUGUAAUCCUGUUUUUGCGGCUGUCCUGGGUGGUGGGACAGGCUGGCAUUGGCCUGGGCUCCGGCAUCGUCAUCCUUGCCUCCGUGGUGACCAUGCUCACAACGCUCUCCAUGUCUGCCAUCUGCACCAACGGCGAAGUACGGGGAGGAGGCACGUACUACAUGAUAUCUCGGAGUUUAGGGCCCGAGUUCGGCGGCUCCAUCGGCCUCAUAUUCUCGCUGGCCAACGCGGUGGCCAUAGCCUUAUACGUGGUCGGCUUCUCGGAGACCGUCCGGGACUUGUGCAAGCAACAAGGCACGUACAUCGUGGACGGCGGCCUCAACGACGUUCGGAUCGUGAGCGGCGUCACCGUCAUCUUUCUGCUGGGCAUCGCCAUCAUAGGCACCGAGUGGGAGUCCAAGGCUCAGAUGGUGCUUCUGGUCAUCCUCCUGGUAGCCAUGGUGGACUUCGUUGUUGGAGCCAUGAUUCCCCCAAGCGCAGUGGAGCAGUCCAGGGGUUACUUCGGCUGGAGCACCGCCAUAGCGCUGGAGAACGUCGGUCCAAACUUCCAGGAAGGCGAGAAUUUCUUCACCGUGUUCGCCGUCUACUUCCCGGCUGCCACGGGUAUUCUGGCCGGUGCCAAUAUCUCCGGCGACCUGGCUGACCCGCAGACAGCCAUUCCCAAGGGCACGUACUUGGCCAUCAUCGUGACGACCAUCUCGUACGUGUUCUUCGCCAUCCUGGCCGGAUGCGUCACGGUGCGUGAAGCCAACGGGCUCGAAUUGAUCAACGCUACUACGCUCGAGGACGUGCGAAACUGCACCCUGACCGGAGGAUGCGAGUAUGGUCUCCUCUACGACAGCCAGGUGAUGGAGCUGAUAUCCGCGUUCGGUCCCUUGGUGUACGCCGGUAUAUUCGCAGCCACUCUGUCCUCUGCUUUGGCCAGUUUGGUCAGCGCCCCCAAGGUCUUCCAGGCGCUGUGCAAGGACCGCAUCUUCCCUCACAUCGAGGUGUUCGCCAAGGGCUACGGCAAGAGCAACGAGCCCCGACGCGGAUACCUGCUGGCCUGCGCCAUCGCGCUCGGAUGCGUCGCCAUCGGCGAACUGAACGCCAUCGCUCCCAUCAUCUCCAACUUCUUCAUGGCUGCCUACGCGCUCAUCAACUUCUCCUGCUUCCACGCUUCAUACGCAAAGUCUCCUGGUUUCCGCCCGGCCUUCAAGUACUACAACAUGUGGCUCAGCUUGAUCGGCGCCAUGCUGUGCGUGUUCGUGAUGUUCAUCAUGAACUGGCAGACGGCACUGAUUACGUUCGCCGUCGUCCUCGGCCUGUACAUCUACAUCAGCUACCGGAAGCCGGACGUAAACUGGGGAUCUUCAACGCAAGCUCAGAUCUACAAGGACGCACUGAACUCCGUCUACCGCCUGCAAACGGUCCAGGAGCACGUGAAGAACUACAGGCCUCAGAUCUUGGUGCUGACCGGCGACCCAAGCCACCGCCCGCCUCUGGUGGACUUCGCCUACAGCAUCACCAAGAAGCUCUCGCUGCUUAUCUGUGGCAACGUCUCGCCCCACCGUCUGACGUACCGGUCGCGCACCGCGCUCACUAACCGCGCCCACGCUUGGCUCGAGCGACGCAAGAUCAAGGCCUUCUACACCCUGGUGCGAGACGAGGACUUCACGCACGGCGUGCGAUCCAUGCUGCAGUCUUCCGGACUGGGCAAGCUCCGUCCCAACGUGGUGAUGAUCGGCUACAAGUCCAACUGGCAAACGUGCGACCGCCAGGAGGUUCUCAAGUACUUCACCGUCAUCCACGACGUGCUGGAUCUGUACAUGUCCGUGUGUAUCCUUCGGCUGCCCGAGGGCCACGACUACUCGGAGUACGCGGACCAGGACACAGCGGUAGCCGCCAACGGCAAGAAGCUCGACAUGCUCACCGUGCCUGGAGGCAUUGAGCGCGAGAACUCGUCCGGGGCCUUCCCGCGGAACAUCUCCAGCGCACAGCUCUCCAUGGGCGGCAGCUCCAGGGAGCCUUCCCCGCCGGCUACUCCUCACAUGAGUCGCGCGGUGGGCAUGCCUGGCAACGCCUCCGAGAAGGCGCCGCUGGCCGAGCCCGAGCCUGUCUCGGUGGUAGUCAAUGUGGUGCCGCAGCAGCACCACCACCAGGGUGCCGAGGACGCGAACAAGACGCCCGACGAGCCCAAGGAACUGCCGCUGUCCAUCAACCAGUUCUUGCGCAAGCAGAAGAAGGGAACCAUCGACGUCUGGUGGUUGUACGACGACGGAGGUUUGACUAUGCUCAUACCGUACCUGCUGACCACACGCAACAACUGGAGCGGAUGCAAGCUGCGCGUCUUCUCGCUGGCCAACAAGAAGGAGGAACUCGACCGGGAACAACGAAACAUGGCGUCGCUGCUGAGCAAGUUCCGGAUCGAGUACUCUGACGUCACAGUCAUCCCGGACAUUGUGCGGCCUCCGGCUGAAUCGAGCAAGCGCGAGUUUGAAGAGUUGGUCCGCAAGUGGCGACGGACGGAGGACGACACGGAGGUGGAGCACGACCCACUCGAGAUCUCGGACUCCGAGAUGCUCGCGCUCAGGGACAAGACGUACCGACACCUGCGUCUUCGGGAGCUCCUGCAGAAACAUUCCAAGAAUGCUACUUUGGUCGCUAUGACCCUCCCGAUGCCGCGCAAGAGCACCUGCUCGGCCUCCAUGUACAUGGCGUGGCUGGAGACCCUGACCAGGGACCUGCCGCCGUUCCUGCUCAUCCGAGGCAACCAGACUAGCGUGCUCACCUUCUACUCUUAGUGACGGCGUGCCUUCUUCUCGCGCCCCUCAUUAGUCCAGGCGGCGAGACGCGUAGCAUCGUCGAAGCGACUUGGCAGCCAAGACAAGUCUUCGAAGACUGCGAAACUUUCCUGGGGGCGGCAUUGUGCGUACCGCCUCGCCGUUUGGACAUUGGGCGCUAGCCUCUGGAACCGGGCUUCCAGAACCCGCUAUUUCUGUGUGCGUGCGUGCGCGCGUGUGUGUGUAUAUGUCUCGUGUUUAUUGUUUCUUACGACCACCGCGGCAUCGAAGUAAUGGCAUUCGACGCGAGCACUCUUCUUCCGAUGGUCCACUACGCUAUAGAAGAUUCCGGCCGGACAACAGUCGUGCCGUGGUGAACACGUUCCUUCUCGUUGCUACGCGACGGUGGACGUCGGUUCGUCUCAAGGAGACGGCGGUUCAUUGUUGUCCGCCUAGUACAUAGUAUUAGGUCUCGUUGUUGCUUUCAUAUCCACCCUUUUUUAUUUUUGUUUCUGACUCUCUUUAAUUCCGUACUACUUUUUCACAUGCUGUCGACUGGCAUCACAUAGUGAUGGGUCGCA